AUGGUGAGCCCUAGGACUGUGGUUGGUGUUAUUGGAAACGCUAUCUCUGCCGGGCUUUUCCUUUCUCCAAUCCCUACGUUCCUGGAAAUUUGUAAAAAGAAAGAUGUGGAAGAAUUUGAUCCGAAGAUUUACCUAGCAACGGUGUUAAACUGUUUGUUCUGGUGUUAUUAUGGAAUGCCAUUCGUCAAUCCAAAUAGCACUUUAGUUGUCACUAUUAAUGGAGCUGGCCUGGUUAUAGAGCUUAUAUAUCUUGGCAUAUUCUUGUAUUAUGCUCCAUCGAAAAAACAGAAAACUGUUAUCGGGAUCUUACUAGGUGAAAUAGUUUUCUUUGCGCUUGUUGUGGCUCUAACUAUGCCGUUUAUACCCAAGCAUAAGAUGUUCAUAAACAGACCCCUUCGGGCUGUUGUCAUCGGAAUUAUAUGUGAUGUUUUCAAUAUCAUCAUGUAUAGCUCCCCUCUGUUCAUUUUGAAAAAAGUCAUUAAAACUAAGAGUGUGAAAUACAUGCCCUUCUUUAUCUCGUUGGCCAACUUCAUGAACGGUGGUUGUUGGACUUCAUAUGCUCUUAUUGGGAAAGUGGAUUACUUCAUCUUGAUUAGCAAUGGUCUCGGAACAUUUUUUGGAUUGGUUCAAUUGAUAGUCUAUGCGAUAUAUUACAAGACAACACCAAAAGAUGAUGAAACCCAUCCUGACAAGACUACUAAUGCGGUGGAACUCGUCUAA